AUGAUAGUGCUGAUAGAUCUAGUGUUAAUGCUCAUUGACCUGACAUACUCCAUAAUGUGUGCGGUGCUUCGCACUAUCCUCCGCCCGCGCCUAAAGUCAGUGGAUGGGGAGCUUUGUCUGAUCACGGGCGCGGGUGGAGGGCUCGGCCGGCUCUUCGCGCUGGAGUUCGCCAGAGAAGGGGCUGAACUCGUGCUAUGGGACUGCAACACCGAGGCCAACGAGCACACGGCCAGACUGGUAAAGGAACUGGGCUGCAAAGUGUACACGUACACUGUAGACAUAUCCAAACGCGAGAGCAUCUAUCAAACCGCUGACCGCGUGCGGCAAGAAGUGGGUGACGUCAGCAUAUUGGUUAACAACGCGGGGGUCGUUGCGGGGCGACGGCUGCUGGAAUGCCCCGAUGAACUGCUGGAGAGGACCCUGCUGGUGAACUGCCAUGCGCUGUUCUGGAUGACAAAAGCCUUUCUGCCUCAAAUGAAAGCUAGGAAUCAUGGCCAUAUUGUUACUGUUGCAAGCACUCUUGGUCUGUUCAGUACUGCUUGUGUAGAGGAUUAUUGUGCAAGUAAAUUUGGAGCAGUAGGCUUCCAUGAAUCUCUAACCCAUAGUUUGCUGACAGAGGAUGGUGUGGAUGGGGUGAAAACCACCCUAAUCUGCCCAUACAUCGUCAACACUGGCAUGUUUGCUGGAUGCCAAAUCAGGGAGGAACUCAAAGGCCUGAUUCCACCCCUGGAUCCUCUGUACUGUGUUCAGCAAUCAAUGAAGGCCAUUCUGGCUGACCAGCAAAUGGUCUGCAUCCCUCGCGUAAUGUACUUCGCAUUUCUCUCGCGAGCGUUGCUCCCCUGGGAUGCUAAUGUUGCAUCAUAUCGUUUUAUGGGUGGUGACAAGUGCAUGUAUUCUUUCAUAAAGACCAAAGAGCAACAGCAGCAGCAGGUUGCUAACGGUCAUGUGAAAUCCUCUUAGCCAUCCAAUAAUACUUCAUCCAGUUCCAUGCAGCUAAAGACAUCAACUGUUCAAGGCAAAAAGCCAAGAGUACAUAAACAGCAAGUUGCCUACUAGCUGUAAAAUAACUAUGGGGACCAAUUUUAAUCAUGAAGAGAGUCUGUUUUUCUGUACAUGCAACAUUCUGUACUGUAUUUGUUACACAGAAUAAAUCUGUACAUAAUAAAACAUUGUAACAGUAACAUAACAGUGCUAAAAUUCAACUGUUAGAAUUUCUUAAUGCAUCUGUGCAGGUAAACAUUUAGUGUAUUAUACAUUAUUAAAUUAUUGAAAUGAUUAAUUGAACAAUUUAAAAUGAAAAAUAUAAAUUACUAAUAAAACAAUGCAUUUUUAUGCAUGAAAUAAGAACAUUUGUGAUAGUGUUAUUUCAAGCAAAUGUAGUAGAAGUGAUUAUUCUUAACAGGGUCAAAGCUGUUCAACCAUGGCAAUAUUGAAAAGCUGUAAAAAUGUGUGUGGGCAUUGGGUUUAAGAACAUGCACAAGAGUGAAUUAGAAAGCCAUGCAAUGAGGGACUUACUGAAAUCAAACUUAAAAAGCACCAAUGUGUAGGAAAGGAAAGUUCAGAUUUGUAUUGGAUAGAACAAUAAAACAGCAUGCAUGCCUUUUCUACAAAAGUUAGUGGAAAUAUGUACUUUAUUCUUGUUCACAGUUAAAACCCUUGGGAAAAUGCAGCGUCAAAUUUUGCUGUUCAAAAAGACUCAAUACAAAAUUUUAUAAAACGCAUUUAAAUAAAUCAGAAUUGUAACUAUACUUAUUUAGCAAUUUUAAUGGGAGUCAAUCAGUAAGCUAUUAACAUUUACAUUUAUGCAUUUACAGUACAUUCAAGGUAUACAUUUAAUGUUUUAGUUUGUGAAUUCCCUGGGAUUCAAACCCAUGAUCUUGCCAAAAAAAAUUUUUUUCCACUGGUCACAAUUGGAAUCACUUAUAGGUUUACUUGUCAUGUGAGCAUGAAUUACACUGACUGAGAACUUUAUUACAAACAACUGUACACUUACAUAUUCAAGUGAUUAUCUAAUCAGACAAUUGUGUGGCAGCAAUGCUAUGCAUAAAAUCAUGCCGAUACGGGUCAGGAGAUUUAGUUAAUGUUCACAUCAACCAUCAGAAUGGGGAAAAGUGAUCUCAGUGAUUUCAACCUUGGCACGAUUGUUGGUACCAGACGGUCUGGUUUGAGUAUUUCUGUAACUGCUGAUCUCCUGGGAUUUUCAAACACAACAGUUUCUAUAGUUUACUCAGAAUGGUACCAAAAACAAAAAACAUCCAGUGAGCGACAGUUCUGGAGAAGAGCCAGACUGGUUCGAGAUGACAAAGACUACGGUAACUAAGAUAACCCUCUGUAAAAUUGUAGUAAGCAGAAUAGUAACUCAGAAUGCACAACACGUCGAACCUUGAGGCGGAUGGGCUACAACAGCAAAAGACCACGUCGGGCACUUUACCGAGAUCACAUUUUUUCCCCAUUCUGAUUGUUAAUGUGAACAUUAACUGAAACUCCUGACCCGUAUCGGCAUGAAUUUAAGCAUUGCACUGCUGCCACACGAUUGGCUGAUAAUCGCAUGAAUAAGGUGGUGUACAGCUGUUCCUAAUAAUGUGCUAAAUUAGUGUAUGUUUCAGGGUGGAAUUAAAUGGCUCUGGUCAUUUCACUAUUUGUGCCUCCCAUGUAAAAAUGUUCACAAGAAAUCAAGACAGUCUGUACUUUCAUUUGUUGUUGACAACUUUGUAAAAUUCAUUCAUAUUUCAAACUAAAAUUCAGUCACAAAUGUAACCAGUGGGAUUAAUUAGGUUUAAUCAAGUGAGAUCCAGGUUUUGAUCAAUAUAAGAGUCAAAAAUCUUUAGCAAGCUAUACAAUAAAUUAUUUUUUUAGGAUUAUGGCUAAUCAAGGUGAAGCGUGAAUUUACAUAUAGAGCAUGUCGAGCAUUCAUGACUGGAAUGCAAAGAUCUGUGAAAUAUGCUAGAUCAGCUUUAGCAUCUGACGU